CCCCGCGCUGCGCAUCACGGCCGCCGAGGCCAAGGCCGGCGGCAUCGGCGGCGGCGGGAGGAGAGGUGGCGGCGGCGGCGGCGGAGACGAUGACAUCGAGGUUGUUGGUGGUGGGGUCGCCGCCGCCGACUUCAACGAGGCCAUCCGGCGCGACAAGGUCCUGCGCACGCACACGCUGGGCGGCCAGAUCGCCACGGGGGACAGCCAAACCAGAUACAUGAUCGGCGUCUUCAGCGGCGACAACAUCCACCUCACCCCGAUCACCAACCUCGCCCUCCUCCGCCCCCAACUCCACCACAUCGACGCCAAGGCCGAGCUCGAGCGCGCCACCCGCCGUGGCUCAGAGCCGGGCGCCAACGGCCCCGGUGGCGGCGGCGGCGGCGGCCAGGGCUCCGGCGGUGGUGGCGGCCCCGGCGGCUCAUCAGGCCCCGCGCCGCGCGCCGUGCACAUGACGGUCAAGUCGGCGGGCGCCGUCGAGAGCGACGACAGCGGCGCGGCGGGGGCCGAGGUGACCAUGGCGGACCGCCUCAAGGCCGUGCAGACGGAGCAGUGGCGGCGCCUGGCCUACGUCGACGAGAGCGCCGACGACGCCUGGGCCGUGUACGAGGAGAGCCUCGUGCACCGCGGGCUCGAAGGCGGCGGCCACCACCACCACUCUUCUGCCGCGGCGGCUGCGGCCGAAGAGGACAAGGGCAAAGGCAAGGAACAGGCCAAGGCGGCGGCCGCCGCCGCCGACGACCAUGACGGCGGAGAGGAGGGCCGCCUCGUCGACCGCGUAGCCAGGCUCGGCACCGGCUGGGACGAGACGAAGCUGCUGCACGUCGUCAGCGGCCUCGAGCUGCCCCCGCCGGGCGCCGCCAAGGCCGAGGACGAGCAGGGGGGUGGUGCGCAGCCGUCGAGGUCUGCCUCCGCGGCACCACCACAAGCGGCGUCGGCGCGCAAGGCUAGCAAGUCGAGAGCAGGGGCGACCAGCGCGACGGCCAUGGAUGUAGACUAGUGCAUCAUCGACCGGGGACGAGAUUAGGGCUUACUCUGUCCGCCGGGCCUGUUUGGUGUUUGCAUGGUCUUGGGUCGGUUAUCUCUAUGCAUUAUUGGCAGGGCAGGUAAAGGGCCAGGAGUUGGGUGCAUCGGCUUUUCUGUUUCGGGGGGACGGCUGGUUUUUCAUAUCCUUUUUACCACAGCAUACACGGUGUUGCAAAUACAAAAGUGUA